AAAUGUUAGAAGCGUGGAGUUGUAAAUUAUAGUAGUUAAUUAUAUAAAAGAGAAAUUAUUAUAUUUUUAAUUCUUCAUUUAUAUAUUUUCAAUUAAUUGACGGUCGUAUAAACGUAAAUAUGCAUAACGAUACUCCAUCGCCGCCCAAUAUGAAUAGUGAUGAUUAUGACGACAUCAUCUUCAUAUCAGAUGAUGAAGAUAUAGAAAUUUUAGAUGUAGAUUCGGAUGACGAUCAACAGCCUGGCCAAUCAAAUGACGGGGAUGCAUCGACGUCACCUGCUGCUGCUUCUGCUGCUGCUGUCGUAACAGUUCCUGGAGUAAUCCUUAAACAUUCACAAGCUGUUUUUUGUGGCGCCUUCCAUCCAAAUAAUGGCAGGAAUUGUGUCACCGGAGGAGAGGAUGAUAAAGGAUAUGUCUGGAAUUACGUAACUGGCGAUGUGCAGUUUGAAUGCUCCGGUCACAAUGAUUCCGUUAUUGCUACGGGUUUCAAUCACGACGGCACUCUCGUUGCAACCGGAGACAUGUCGGGAAUGGUUAAAGUUUGGAAAACCGAGAACGGCGAGAAAGUAUGGGAUUUCGAGUUGUCGGAGUUACGGUGGCUGCAGUGGCAUCCUUGCGCUAACGUACUGUUAGCCGGAACCGGCGAAGGUGAAAUGUGGAUGUGGCGCAUACCGUCCGGAGAGUGUAAAACUUUCCCCAGUCACGGUACCAGUAACGAAUGUGGGAAAAUAUUAGUAGAUGGAAACAGAGCAGUUGCCGGUUAUGAAAAUGGAAAAGUUUCGAUUUGGAACUUGAGGGAUGCUUCGGUAGUUAAUGCUGCUACCGAGAGCCCUCAUCAGGAACGUAUAACUGUUGUCGAUUACUAUAAAGAUAAUAUUCUGGUUAUGAGUGGAUCGACGGAUGCUACAGCAAAACUUAUUAAUUCUAAUACGGGUAGAGUGUUAGCAACUUUUAAGUGUGGGGAUGAUAAUAACGACGAAGCUGUUGAAAGUGUUGCCUUUAAUCAAGUUAAUCCAUUAGCUGCAACUGCAACUCUUCGUGGUUCGUUAGAAAUAUGGGAUAUUCCUACACAAGUGCAAAGAAUGAAGCGUCAUCAAAAUGUUGGAAUUUCAAAGUUGUUAUGGGAUGAUGCUUUAUCUCUAGUUUAUACUGCUGGAUUAGAUGGUGUAGUUAGGCUGUAUGAUGGCAGAUCUGGAGAGAUGGAAAGAUCUUGGCAAUGUCAUGAAGCAGAAGUUUUAGAUAUGGAAAUAUCUAAUGAUAAAGAACAUCUCCUUACGUGUUCGGAAGAUUCCACUUGUCGUGUCUUACGUUUUUAAAUAAUUCAGCUUUUUAUUUACAAAUGUAAAAUUACAUACAAGAAAGUUUAAAGCAAUUGCAAAGUGUACAUUGCAAAAGCAAAGUGUACAUUGUUCUAAGUACACUGUAAUGAAUUGUUUAAGUUUGGAAGUUUUCAAAUAAAAUUUGUUAAAAUAAUAAUGUUUAGUUAACUAGAUAAGAAGCUAAAAUUGUAUUUUAAGGAUUUGAUAAUAUGGGUAUCUCUUGAUUAAUGUGGUUAAUUAAUCUCUUGAUGCUACCAUAUAUAACAAAAUCACAUUAAUCAAAAUAUGGUAUCUAUGUUAAGUAAAGACAGCUGGUAAAGCCAUUUAAAUUAAAACUACUGUCGUGUAUAUGAAAGAGAUUGCCGCAAUUAAUUUUUUUGCACAUUGAUCAAAUCCCGCAUUAAGCAAGGGAUACGUGUACAUUACAAUUAUUAUUAAGUGCAUUUAAACAAACAUUUCUUAGUUAAUUUAAUAUA